CUAUGUCUUGCAUUCUUGUUGGACUCACUGCUAUCAAAGUUGAGCCUGAUUCUUUCUCUACCAAGGACUUGACAUGGUGCAUGUUUCGGGACAUUGUCAUUCUUGCUAUUCAUUCCAUCCUCAUUGCAUUGUAUGGCAAAGACGGCUGUAUUAAGGAUGCUAGCUCAAACAAUGGCCCAUUGUCUUGGCUUAUUUUGGAUAUGUCAUUGACAGCCUUACGUCUGGUUAAGAAUCCAAUUCACUAUUUUGCUAAUCGAGCACUGGAACGAUCCGGUUCGCAAUGGCGGAAUCCAUCACUUGUUGGAUUUGGAUUUGUGGGCACUCUUUUCUACAGCCGUUUUUGUGGAAUGCGUAUUUUUACUAUUAUCGACUGGUUCACUUAUAUUGCUUGGAUCUUUGGCAUUUCAACUGUCCGUACUGACUCUUCUUGCCAGAACCCCAUUGCGAUCGCUGUGCAAUGGGAGCUUACGGCUGCUACUAUUGUUUAUUUUACAUGUAUUGUGUUGUUUGCAACUCUGUUUCUUCUCAACAAAACUACUUUGGGUCAUUGCUUUCCCGGAUUUACCAUCAAUAACUCUCGCUGGCCGGACGCCUGUCCUACUUUGCUAAUUGAUCGAACACAAUGGCGUCAGGCUAAUGAAUCUGUUACCGACUACCGUGCUAGACGACGAUCCAUUUUUUUAAACCAAAACCCCAUCACUCAACAACCAACACGUAUGCAGACAGCUUUAAUGAACAGAGGUCUUUCUGUAGAAGAGUUGAACCAACUACGAACGUUUGUAUACUCUAAAGAGCCGGUCGCUCCAAACGAACCCACUCAAACUUCUGACGAUUUGUCAAAGGCUGAUGACAAGUGCGUAGCAGCGAUUGUGGUGGUUUCUGAAAAAAACUCAAACAACUUGCCACUUUCUGAUGUUCAGUCUAGCAAGUCUGACAAGACUACCAAUGUUCAAUCUGAAAACGCCACAAAUCCUUCAAGCGACGCUGCAGAGACGACUACUACAGAUGAUCACUCUGCAAUUGAGGUUUUGGUGCAUGGGAAUGGAUCGAUGCAACAUAGUGCACUGGAUAGGCAAACAACGGACACUGCCAAAAUGACUCCCCACAAUCUCUGUGUAACACCAGACCAAGUUGACUCACUGCACGUUAUAAAAAUAGACGACUCAUUGUUGUCAUUGCACGCAGUCGCUUUAAAAGUACCGCAUCCAAAAAGUCCAAUCGAGCCAUUAACACCAGACACUGUAUCUAGAGAUGAGCAUGUAAAUAAACCUGAACAGGAACGAACUACGGAUCAAACAUGUGCUCUUUGUCUAUGUGACUAUGAGAACGAUGAUUUCUUGCGGGAACUUCAUUGCAUUCAUCGAUUUCACGCAGAGUGUAUAGAUGAAUGGCUGAUUGGUAAGAAACGAACGUGUCCAGUUUGUAAUCAAGAUGCUCUUGGCGUUUCCUUUCAGCAACGCUUAAGAGAAUCUCUUCCUGCAGUUGCCAAUCCCACACCACUUACGGCUGCUGCAUAUCCUCCAUGGCUAGAAGAUCGGUCAGCACUAAACUCUGUCAAUCAUAACCAGGAAAAUAGUACUCGCAGAUAUGCAUCCAAUAUGGAAAUUUCCCAUACAGAUUCAGAUUCACCACAACCAGCAUUGUCAAAUGAUUCAACCACGCCUGUGCCACCUUUGCCAUCUGAUCAAGUUACAGGUGUUUUCCCAUCUAGAGACACAGUUACUCUUGCUCACAAUGGUACAAAUUCAUCUGCACUUCCUGAAGAUUCUACAUUUACUACACGACCAUCUCCACAUGUCAAUAACUCGCAAACUGUACUUCGCAAUUUUUUUGAACAAAAUGCCAAUGACCGAUUUCUGCGGUGGUUUAGGCCAUCUCGCAAUACUCGACAGGUUACAUCACAUGGAGCAUCCAACACACUGCCGUCUAUGCAACAGACAUCUACACCCACUGACACUCUGGUACGUAUCAAUAUGGAUACUGAUCGGUCUUGAACAGUUGCUUUUUAUAGUUGUCAAUUUGAUGAAUGCGCAUUAGCUUUAAACAGCCAGAAUAUUCAAAAAUUGUAUAUUGCUCUUUGUCAAUUUGGCUCCCAUUUAAUAGUAUUACUUUUAUAUUGUUGUGUAAUAUAUGAUAAACAUCUUGCAAAUAAACCAUACUUUUAAUAU